GAUAUCAGUCUCAACUAUGUCCGACCAACUAAAAAGAUCUUCAUCCAAACGCUUUCGUCCUAAAGUACCACUGGAACAGCGCAAACGUAUUAUCAAAGCUUGCACCAACUGUCGCCUACGUAAGCGACGAUGUGUGCUCGUGUCUCCUGACAGGUGCCAAAAUUGCGACAAGACUAACUCGAGCUGUGUCUUUGAAUCUGAAGAAGUGGAAUUGAAUGACCUGCCGGCUAGUCAUCUCAACGAGGAUGGAAUCGAUCACGAAGAUGUUGCAGCAGAGUUCAACAAACUUUAUCCUGAGAUUGGUCUCACUGCAGAUCAGUCAGCUCAUCUAAUGAAAAUUAUCAUAAAUUCUAACCGACCAUCUGCUGUAAAUCAAUCUACAAAGCAGCUCGGUCAAGUUGGCGCUACCCCAGACGAGAGACCGGCACCCGAAUCUACAACUACACUACCAGACACUAACGCAACUACAUUUGGAGGGCAUGAGGCGCUGGCACAUAAAGAUUUCCUAGAUUCAGCCACUGAAGCGGUUUCCCAAACCGAAAGACCGGAUUUCUCUGAUAAUAGUCCUUUGUUCUACCCUGAAAACGAAUCAUAUAGUGAAUAUGAGGACUAUCUGAUGGACCAAGUCUUGAAAGACUUCCCAUCACAGACAGAGGCUGAAGCCCUUAUUUCAACUUUCUUCUGUUAUGCUGAGGCAAACUGGUACUAUUUUGAUGAGGCUACAUUUCGUAGUCAACUAUACGCACUAUACAGGAGUGAUUUUGCUACAUCUAUUGCCGACGCCAAAUUGAUUUGUUUGGCUCUGACUGUCUUUUCUAUGGGAAGUCAGUUCGCUCAUCUCCACCAAGGUCGCCCUGACAGUGAUGCGGAGGGAGUGAACUUAGAACAAACUGGCAUUCCUGGUGCUAAAUUCUUUCGGCAUGCGCAGCACCUUAUACCAUGGAUAAUAACAUGCCCAUCCUUGGAAGGGGUGCUAAGCUGUCUUUUAGCAGCCCUUUACUCUCUACCAAUCCAUAAUACUAAUACAUGCUACACAUAUCUCGGCCUUGCCUUGCGCAAUGCGAUCUGCCUCGGUCUACAUCGAAAAUCUGCCGGCUUUAAUAUACCCCCACAACUGUCCGAGAUCCGAAAUCGUGUCUUUUGGACGACCUAUAGCAUUGAACGACGGGUCGCUAUCUCUCUCGGGUAUCCGGAAACGCUCCAAUGCAACGAUAUUGAUUGCCCCCUCCCCCGGCGACGGGCAGAUUUGGAUUCCUCUGGUUCGUUUCGUGCCGAGAGACUUGUGGCGUAUACAAAGCUUACUCUGCUGCUCAAUAAGGCAAUUCAGUCAAAAGCAUUAGAUAGAUAUGCCACAGAAGAAAUCAGACGGCAACUUCUUGCCUGGAAGGAAGAGCUACCAGCUGAAUUAACAACGCUGGAUGGCGUCUCUCUAAGGCUUAAUGUACACCUACAACUCCACUACUGUAUGGUUUGGACAUAUAUCAGUCGUGCUGCCUUGAUCAGUAAAGUGCGGAGCUUUGUUGGCAACAAAGGAAGCAGCAGAGACGACACUAUCAGGAGUGCAGAGAUCCACGAACUGUCAAAGUCCUGCGUGCAACAUGCGGAACAGAUAAUUGACCUGAUCGAGCUUCUCAGAAAUCGCCGGCAGCUAGCCCGUUUCUCCCAUACCGACUUUCACUGCUGCAGCUCUGCUACUAUCAUUAUCCUCUUGGAAAGUAUCUUGCAUCCUAGGCUCAAAUCUUACUCUAGAGUAAGCACAGCAAUGGAAGCCCUACAUUUUAUGGCCCGCGGCAGUGAGUUUGCAAGGAAUGCCCUCAAACAUGUAGAUAAUUUUCAGGCGGUCGUCAACAAAGCUUUAGCAGCCAUGUCUCACCAAGGAGAGCCUGGUUUUGAUUACCGUGAUCUUAACCCCACAAAAAUGUCUGAUUCCGUCCUGCUACCGAAGGAGGCACAAACUGCGGACAGCGGGCAAUUCAUCGAAGAUGCUCAUCAGCCUUAUUAUGGGACAUCAUGGGAAAGACGCUUGCACGAGGUAGGCGGCGAGACAUCAAUUAAUCAACCUUAUUACCAAGGGUAUGAUGGAGCGCUUUUCGAUGAUAUUGGGACAUUGCUAGAGGACUGUUCGUUUUCCAACCAACAUUUGCUAGGCUUUGAUGGACUUUACGCAGGCAGUACGCUUGACGACGGUGAUGGGUUAUAAAAUGGGGAUUCUGCUCAACUCUGACGAUCAUCUCC